CGCCCUAGGCUGCUUGAUAUCUCUUUGCCCCCCCUCGUAGAGUCCAACUUGGAACCUUUGAACUGUUCCAGGCUGUAUUCUUCCAUCGUUUCCUUUUAUUUGCAGUUCACCAUUUUACCGGUAAUGACAUAAACGACCAUGGAGCAGCCAAAAACGAACCCACAUACAAGUUGGGUUAAUAUUCUGACUGUCAUCGCCGCCGGCCUGGGUAGUUUCAAUUUCGGAUAUGCUAAUAACGUGAUUUCUGGAUCCUUCGGUGAACCAACAUUCAUAGAGAAGUUCCUUUCUGGGCCUGAUGCUUCUGCUAGAACCGAUGGAAUCAUUGGAGGUUUCCUCGGUGGUGCCAUCAUUGGUUCUAUCCUGCAAUCGCUCAUUUCCAGCGCUUGGGGUCGUCGCGCAGCAACAGGUGUAGCGGCCAUCCUUUUCAUCCUGGGAAAUGCUCUGGAUGCUGGCGCCGUUCACAUUGCCAUGUUCAUUGUAGGGAGAGUAAUUGCUGGUGUCGCUGGGGGGAUGACAAUCAGUAAUUGCCCUGUUUAUAUGAGCGAAAUAUCCCCGCCACAUACGCGUGGUCUUCUGGUAGGGCUGCAAGGUGUGUGCAUCGUGUGGGCAUAUAUUAUCGGUUCCGCUCUAGCCCUUGGCUUCAGCUUUGUGACCUAUGAGUAUCAAUGGCGGCUUAACUAUAUCGUCCACAUAUUCUUUGCCGUUCUGCUGCUCGUCUCCAUAUUCUUUCUCCCCGAGUCACCUAGGUGGCUCGCAGAGAAAGGAAGAUUUGACGAAGCUUCCGCAAUUCUCCAGCGUCUUCACAGAACGGAGUCUGACCCUACCGGCAAGGUUGCCAAUGCAGAGAUGGUCCAGAUUAAGGCGCAGGUUGAAUUGGAGCAGCACCUACCCCGUGGUUAUCUUUACAUCCUCAGGACCCCUUCCCUGCGCAAACGGUUUAUCUGCACCGCUCUGGUUUGGACAAUGGGACAGAGUACUGGAAUGAACGCUAUAGCUACUUUAACACCAACUUUGUUUGCCUCUCUGGGAUUCGAUACCACCCUGCAACUUGGUCUCUCCGUCGUAUGGACUGUAUGCUUGCAGAUCGGCUGUAUUAUCAACGUUUCCUUAUUGGAUAGAGUUGGUCGAAAACGUCUCCUUGUGAUUGGAGGGUUUGGGUCAGUUAUUAUUCUCUCCAUCGAAGCUGCCCUUGAAAAAUACUAUCUAGCCACCAACUAUAAACCGGGAAUCAAUGCGUGUGUGGCUAUGUACUUUCUCGUCGCUGUUUGGUUCACCGCUACAAUCGAAUGCACCGGCUACGUAUAUGGCUCAGAAAUAUGGCCUACACAUCUGCGCAGCUACGGGGCGAGUAUAACAUACGUCGCCUUCUUCAUCAAUGCCUUAGCAUACAGUACGCCGGCUAGCACCGCUUUUGCUAAUAUUGGAUGGGAAUAUUACAUGGUCUUCGUGGCGGUUACCGUCCCUUGCAUUAUUGCAAUUAUAAUCCUAUUUCCAGAGACCAAGGGACUUACACUCGAAGAGAUUGCGGGAAAGUUUAACGAUACUGUUCCAAUCACGUUCGAGGACGCCAUUACUGCAGAUGUCGCUGAGGUUCCAAAACAUGACUAUAUUCAAUAAUUUAUCGAACAGCAUGGGCGAGUCGUCUUGCAUUGAAUAGCACAUGACAAUGCUCUAAAAUCGUGACUACAUAUGGCAAUGCUCCGUAAGAUCAGAGAGAUACUGACUACCUAUUAAUUUCGGGCAACGCAAUGUUGCUAGAGUCUAUAUAUAACCUGACUUAGUAUUUGAUGUAAUUACUAUGAAAUCUAGAACAUGCUAAUUUGUUCUCCUUUUAUUGGUCCAUUGGACUAUGUUUUAAUUGAGCAUUAUCUGCUGGUCCCUGCAUGUUAACAUCAACUCAAUUCCAU